AUGGCCAAGAUGGGGACUGACUGUGCAUCAGAUGUUGCCGUCUCAAAUGUUGACGAGCAGAAAUACAGCUCUAGCGCACCGGGAUCAUCAGGCACUGCUGCUGACGACGAUGUGACUGGCGGCAAAAGUCGUUGUCCAAGGCAGGCAUGGGAAUCGCCAACUCUCCCACGUGAGCGAUUGUGCAACUCUGUAGUGCCUGAUUUUCCUGAGUCACGGGGAGCUGUCGUCUGGAAGAAUAAUGUGCUGAAGAGUUCCUUCCGCGACGACGACUUCUUUAAAGUUAGGAUGCAGAACGGCGACCAUGUACACCUCCUGACACAGUUCACUAGAUCUGUUUCUGCAAAUAACAAUGACGACGAUGCUGUUGUUGUGCUGGAUGAUCCUGGUGAAGACCUGAGCCGUCUUAUUCGCGAGUUCUCUAACCAGGCGUAA